UGGUGCUUCAUGUUUCUCCGUGUGUAUAUCAUAUGACUGUUGGUAUGCGUGUGUAUGUGUGAGUGUGUUAUCUUGACAUCUAGUAAUUUUCGACUAUUUUCGCUGGGCUUGUGUCUUCAUGCAAUUUUCUCUUCACUUGAAAUUGUUCGGGCGAAAAAUACACGGCGCAAAACUCCCUCAUCACAACUUUAUCGUCAUUAUUUUUUUUUUUAUUGUAGUACAAAUUUAACGGAUGCCACUUAAUCGAAAUAAAUUUGGUAAUUUACUGCCGUUGAAGAAAUUAAAAUCGGGCGCCAUGGAAUCGUUGCCAUCAUCUGAUGUCGUUCUUGUGCAUGGAAAUUCUCAUCCAGAAUUGGCCAAUUUAAUUGCUGGUCGAUUGGGUGUAAAAAGUGGCGGCGCAUCGGUUUAUCACAAAACUAAUCGUGAGACAAUGGUUGAAAUCGGCGAUUCGAUACGUGGCAAAGAUAUCUACAUCAUUCAAACCGGAACAAAAGACGUCAAUAACAAUAUUAUGGAGCUUCUUAUAAUGGCAUAUGCUUGCAAAACAUCAUCAGCCAGGUCAAUUGUUGGUGUAAUUCCAUAUUUACCCUAUUCGAAACAAUGCAAAAUGCGAAAACGUGGCUGCAUCGUGUCCAAAUUAUUGGCUAAGAUGAUGUGCAAAUCCGGUUUAUCUCACAUCAUCACCAUGGACCUUCAUCAAAAGGAAAUUCAAGGUUUUUUCGAUUGUCCAGUUGACAACUUACGAGCUUCACCAUUUUUACUCCAAUAUAUCCAAGAAAGCAUCCCAGAUUAUCGUAAUUCGGUCAUUGUGGCCAGGAAUCCAGGUUCCGCAAAGAAAGCCACUUCAUAUGCUGAACGCUUGCGUUUAGGCAUUGCCGUCAUUCAUGGAGAACAAAAGGAAUCAGAAAGUGAUGAAAUCGAUGGACGCUACUCGCCACCAACUCUACCAUGCCGAUCACGAACAAUGGACGUUUCCGUCGGCGUACCGGUUCAUCCAGCCAAGGAGAAACCACCAAUCAAUGUGGUCGGAGAUGUUGGUGGUCGAAUUGCAAUCAUGGUGGAUGACAUGAUUGACGAUGUGGCAUCAUUUGUUGCGGCAGCCGAAGUGUUGAAAGAGCGCGGUGCAUACAAGAUUUAUGUGUUGGCCACACAUGGUUUGCUCAGUUCGGAUGCACCACGUUUAAUUGAAGAAUCACCGAUCGACGAAGUGGUGGUGACCAACACAGUUCCGCAUGAAAUUCAGAAGAUGCAGUGUCACAAAAUCAAAACGGUCGACAUAUCGGUACUGUUGGCUGAAGCCAUUCGUAGAAUUCAUAACAAGGAAUCAAUGUCUUACCUAUUCAAAAAUGUCACACUUGAAGAUUAAAUCUUCGAAUCCCUGUUCCAUAUAUGGACACGAGAAGACAAGAGAUACAAAAAAAAAACAUUCAGCUUUCUUUUUCGCAUCAGAAAAGAUACAGAUAUACAAACACACACACACACACACAUACAGAACACAUAAACGUGAAAUCAAACAAUUUGAGCUCAUUAUAUAAUUCGGGGAGAGCUCAACCACGGAAUGUAUGGUAGUCAUAAUUUAAAUCUUCAAUUCGAACACAGUUUAUGUAUAUUUUCGGAUUUAACAAGUUAUUAUGAGAGAAUAUUUCUAAAUUCGAUUGCAAACAAUAGAUUUAGAUUCUAAACAUAGAUUGCAAACAAUUUGGCAUAUUUUUUAAUUGAAUGAUGUUUAAACAGUGAUUAUGUUCAAUGCAAAAUAUCCUUAUAAAAUACAAAUAAAAUGCAAAA